GUCGACACAUCUGCAGCACACAGCGGCAUUGCGGCGCGGUGCGGCGAGAAGAACAGGGGUGAGGGAGACCAUUGUUACGCACACCAUGGCGGAUUCGAAUUCCUCCGUCGUGAUUUGGGAUGCGCCUUUCCUUAUGGUGAAUGCCAUUGUGCCGGGAGUGCUUCCUAGGGAGAUGCCACAAUGGUGGAUCAGGAGGAGAACCGGCGGAACAUGGCAAGAUCUCAUAAUUGACGAUGACGCCACCGAUGACUAUUUCCAUGAGAAGCUACGAAUGACGAGAGGGGCGUUCUACGACAUCAUGGCCACGUGCACUCCUUUUCUUCAACGGUCCCUCACUCAUUACCGCACUCCUUUGCUGCCGGAGCAGCUGGUGGCGUUUGCUCUGUGUAGGUGGGCGAGCGGGGAGACGUUUGAUAGUGCAACUUUGUCAUUCGGGAUGGGGCGGUCGAGUGGUAUCAAGGCGGUGAGGGACGUGAUGGACGCUAUCUUGUCCGAGUAUACUGACAAGAUACGGAUGCCGACCGGUCAUCGGUUGCUGCAGGUUACACGAGCGAUUGCAGCAAAGGGAUUCCCAAAUUGUUUCGGUUGCAUGGACUACAGUCAUGUGUACGUCGACAAGCCAGCAAAUGCGCCAGCGGAAAACUAUUUCGAUCAAAAGCAGCAAUACUCUGUCAUUGCUCAAGUCGUCAUCGACCUCGAUAUGCGUGUGCUGGAUGUUUAUGUGGGGUAUUCGGGCAGUGUCCACGGCGCCAGGGUUUUGAUCAAUUUGUCGCUCUAUAGACGUGCUGAAACAGGCACGUUGUUCCUGGCGGAUGUGGUGGACCUGCCAUACGGGGUGCGAACGACGGGGUACGUGCUCGCCGACAACAGCUAUGGACCCUUACCUUGGCUUGUAGUGCCUUACGGUGGUGUAGUGCAACCUCCCGACGAGGCGCAUUUCCAACACGUUAAGCUACAGAUCUCGUGCAGCAUAAGGCAGAUGGCAUACGAAGUGUAUUCCGGGUUAAAGAUUCCGGGGUACUUCUCCCGCAUUUACAUCACCGACUAAUUUAAACACUCUUGCAUCCUCGAACAAAAUCCUCACAAUAUU